AGUAGAAGGCAUCCACAACCACAAGGGAACAGCUUAUGUUUUACGUCAAUCAAAACGAAGUGAACCCGUGAUCUGGUCAAGGAAAUGAGGACACUCUUUUAUUAAUAUUUAAUUAAAUAUUCUUGCCUUAUAAUAUUAGUACGUGAUCUGGUCAAGGUCUUAUCUGGCGUAUAAUAUAACCGUGCCUCCAACAACACGACCAAGAAAACGAGCCACGAUGGUUUCCAAGACGGUUGAGCUGCUAAGAGAGGAGAUCCCUGUGAAACAACAACCUCUCACUUUGUCUGGAGACACUAAAACAGGCCUCGUCCUCGUCGACCUUGUCAACGGCUUCUGCACAGUUGGGGCUGGCAAUCUCGCGCCCAAAGAACCAGAUGAGCAAAUUUCUAAGAUGGUGGAGGAAUCAGUGAGGCUUGCCAAAGCGUUCUCUGAGAAGAAGUGGCCAAUUUUCGCUUUCUUUGAUUGCCAUUACCCGGAUAGACCCGAACCCCCUUAUCCGCCGCACUGUCUUACAGGAACUGAUGAAGCAAAAUUGGUUCCAGAUCUCCUUUGGUUGGAAAAUGAACCAAAUGCUACACUCAGGCGCAAAGAAUGCACUGACGGAUUCCUUGGAUCAAUUGACAAAGAUGGCUCUAAUGUCUUCAUUGAUUGGGUGAAGAAUAAUCAGAUAAAACAAAUUUUGGUCGCUGGGAUAUGCACUGAUAUAUGUGUGCUGGAUUUUGUCUGUUCUGUUUUGUCUGCAAGGAAUCGUGGUUUCCUUCCUCCUCUGGAGAAUGUGAUUGUAUCUUCCCAAGCUUGUUCUACUUAUGAUGUUCCAUUACAUGUGGCCAAAACUAACAAGGAAGUGGUAUCCCAUCCACAGGAGGUGAUGCAUCACGUUGGCCUUUACAUAGCAUGGGGAAGGGGAGCCCAGAUAGCAUCAGAGGUGUUAUUUGAAUAGCAGAACUUUAAGUGUUUGGGGAUUGGAAUAAUUGAAUUGAAAGAACAUUAAUGCAUGUUUGGAAAUAAGUUUAUUUUGAGAAAAUAAUCGUUUAUGAUUUACAGCCUUGUAAUUUGAAAAAUAAGCGAUUAUUUGGAUGAAAAUAAUCUAAUCCAAACAUGCACUCAGGUGUCAGUCUAUAGGAGAAUUUGAAAAUGUACUUAAUUAAAAAAAUACCUAAUUUAAGAACAUGUUUGUUUCUUUUUUUAAAAACAGUUUUCUAUUUUUAAAAAUAAAAUAUAAUACUCUUUUUUUAAAAAUAGUUUUUUUUCUUAAAAAUAAAAUACAAUACAAAUUUGUAUUAUAUUAUAUUUUUAAAAAUAGAAAACUGUUUUUAAAAAGGAAAACAAACAUGCUCUAAGCCUUGUAGUGUAUUUGAACUUGUGUUUCAUUUCUAUUUUAACCUUGAAAAUUCAUGAACUUAUGUUUCAUUUCUAUUUAAACCU